UAACUUCUUGUCAUCAAACACAUCGUCACAACCCCAUCCUCUGUUUUUAAAGGGAAGAACAAAAAUAUAUUCAUUCUAUAUAUGGAAGCUUCCUGAUGUGAAACACAAAUCUGAGUAAAAAAAAACCAAUCAUGUCUUCCCGCGCCUCUUUCAUCUUCCUUUUCCUUUUCUCCUUCCUCACUAGCUUCAGAGUCUCAGCUCAAUCAAAAAACGUUUGUUCAAAUACAACAACGUAUUCAAGAAACAGCACUUACUUCACCAAUCUCAAAACCCUUUUAUCCUCUCUCUCUUCCCCCAACGCUUCCUACUCCACCGGAUUCCAAACCGCCACGGCGGGACAAGCUCCCGACAAAGUCACAGGACUUUUCCUCUGUCAGGGAGACGUCACGCCAGAGGCUUGCCGUAACUGCGUAGCCUUUUCCGUCAACGACAUACUCAGUCGUUGUCCGAAUGAGAAAGAAGCCGUGCUGUACUACGAGGACUGCAUGCUCAGAUACUCUGACCAGAAUAUUAUAUCGACCUUGAAUGCUAAUAUAGAAUGGAAAUGGAGGAUGUUGAACGCCAAUAUUUCAACCAACCAAGUAGACCGGUACGAAGAUUUCGUGUGGUCCACGAUGAACCAAGCUGCCGUCGAAGCAGCUAACAGUCCUAGAAAGUUCUCUACGAUAAGUGCCAAUUGGACUGCACUCCAGACUUUGUACGGCAUGGUUCAGUGCACUCCUGAUCUUAGAAGAAUAGACUGCUUGAGCUGUUUGCAAGAAACCAUUAAUGGGAUGCGUCUUAACAGAAUUGGAGCGAGACUUCAUUUGCCUAGUUGUAAUUCGAGGUACGAGCUUUACGCGUUCUUCAAUGAAACGCUCCUUAGAGCACCACCACAACAACAAGCAUCACCACCUGGUGAACUCUCUUUACUUCUUUCUCCUCUAUUCUCAAAAUCUAACUCAUCUGCCACUAUCCGAUCUCAAGAAAAUAAUCUUUGCAACGCAGGGAAAGAUAGGAAUUCAAAAGCUUUAGUGGCAGCCAUUGUUAUGCCUAUUAUAGUGGUUGUUCUGAUUUUCAUAGCUGGUUAUUGUUUCUUUGCAAAGAGGACAAAGAAGACUUUGAAUAAUGCUCCAGCCUUUUAUGGAGAUGAUAUGAAAACCAUAAAGUUGCUGCAACUUGAUUAUGGAACAAUACAAGCUGCAACAAAUAAUUAUUCAGAAAAGAAUAAGACUGGUCAAGGUGGAUUUGGUGAGGUUUACAAGGGUACAUUUUCGAAUGGGACUGAAGUUGCGGUGAAGAGACUGUCAAAAUCAUCAGGACAAGGUGAAACAGAGUUCAAGAACGAGGUUGUUGUUGUUGCAAAGCUUCAGCACAGAAAUCUUGUUAGGCUUCUUGGAUUUUCUAUUGAAGGAGAAGAAAGGAUACUGGUCUAUGAGUAUGUGCCUAACAAAAGCCUUGAUUACUUCCUCUUUGACGAUAAAAACAAAGGUCAGCUGGACUGGACUCAACGAUACAAGAUUAUUGGAGGGAUUACUCGGGGGAUUCUAUAUCUUCACCAAGAUUCACGGCUCACAAUCAUACACCGUGACCUCAAAGCAAGUAAUGUUCUCCUAGAUGCGGAUAUGAAUCCCAAAAUAGCUGAUUUUGGAAUGGCAAGGAUCUUUGGAAUGGACCAAACCCAGGAGAACACAAGCAGAAUAGUUGGUACCUUCGGUUACAUGUCUCCUGAAUAUGCGAUUGAUGGCCAGUACUCAAUGAAAUCUGAUGUCUAUAGCUUUGGAGUGUUACUUCUUGAGAUUAUUAGCGGUAGGAAGAACAGCAGCUUCUACGAGACAGACGCAGAACUUGACUUGGCUUGGAAGCUUUGGAGUAACGGAAAUGCUUUAGACCUUGUGGAUCCAAUUAUCCUAGAUAAUUGUCUAAAGAGUGAAGUUGUUCAAUGCAUUUAUAUCGGUCUUUUAUGUGUUCAAGAAGAUCAUGCAGAACGUCCGACAUUUUCAACCAUUUUUGUGAUGCUCACUAGUAAUACUGUGACUUUACCAGUGCCUCGGCAACCAGGUUUUGUCGUGCAUAGUAGACCUCAAAAAGACCCGCUUGAUUCAUAUCGAUCUGUUGAUGAUACAUCGAUCACUGUGUUAUAUCCUCGUUGAAUAUUCGGUUAGCAGCUUUUGCCGCCGUAGAAUUACACCAAAACAAUUAUUUACAUAUUUCUAGAGGUGGUGAAGCCAGUUUAUUGUUUAGUUUUGGUUUGGCAAUCUGGUUUUAUAUAUAGAAACUGAAAUUAAAUAAAACCAUAUGUAAUUCAAUUUGGAUGGUGUUGUCUGAUGCAAUUUUGAAGUUCGGUUCAGUAUUUUUA